AUGCCACCUAUCAGAGGAGGUCUGGGUGAGCGCCCACGGGUCAUCUUGUACCACCAAACCCUCAUUCCCGGCGGGGGCCAAUAUGUCUCGAUGCUCCCACUGUUGGAAAAUAACACUGGAAUCACACAUGUAAUUCUAGCCGCCAUUCACCUCAAUGAACAACCAGGUGCUAUCACUCUCAACGAUGAUCCGCCCGAGAGCCCCAAGUUUGAUCCCUUAUGGGCCGAAGUACCUUUAAUGCAAAGGCAAGGUGUCAAAGUGAUGGCCAUGCUUGGCGGUGCGGCCCCGGGCUCGUUCACGCGACUCGACGGCACCCGUGAACAAUUCGAGCAGCACUACUAUCCGCUCUUGACUAUGAUUCGCCGCCAUGGUCUCGACGGGAUUGACCUUGAUGUUGAGGAAGAAAUGUCUUUACAAGGUGUGAUCACGCUUAUUGACCGACUGAAGGCCGAUUUGGGCGAUGCUUUCAUCAUCACUCUGGCUCCAGUGGCGGCUGCUUUACUGGGUCUUGGAAAUCUUUCUGGGUUUGAUUACCGGGGGCUCGAGCAGGCUCGCGCUUCCAAGAUCAGCUGGUAUAACACCCAAUUUUACAAUGGCUGGGGUCAAGCGGAGGAUCCAAGAAUGUAUGCCACGAUGAUCGCGCAGGGAUGGUCACCGAGACGAGUGGUGUAUGGUCUGUUAACCAACCCAGGGAAUGGGUCCCAGGGCUAUGUGUCCGAGGAGAAAAUUGGACCUGUUCUCGCCAUGUUGGUCGAACAAUUUCCCAAUUUUGGUGGCGUGAUGGGCUGGGAGUACUACAACGCUCUUCCUGGGGCCACGGCUAAACCGUGGCAGUGGGCUACUCAAAUGUCAUUGAAUAUGGGCAUGAAAGAUUUGGUCAGAGCAACUCGGGAACUCAUGUCGGCUGGGCCGAUGGCGAACAGUCUCAAUAAUUUGUUGCAAGAUAUGAUGAACCAGGGUCGGCGAUUUUGA